AAAGCUGGCGGAAAAGUAGUUAGACGCCCUACUAAAGAGGUGUUCUACAUCCUACCAACGGGUGAGAAGAUGCUGCCAGGUGUGCAGCAUGUGCUCAGGGCUGACUAUGUAUACGAAUGUGUGAAAGCCAACAAGCUUCUGAAUGUCUACAAAUAUAGGGGAUCGGAACCAGUUGAUACUAUGCUGCCUGCAGAUAGCCCUAUGGACACACAAGACUCGUCGAUGAACGCUCCAGAUGGCAAGGCUGCGGUGACAAAUACUUCUGGUAGUGAAUCUGUAGAUGCGGGCGAAUCGAGGAAUGAUACAGCGGAUAAGAGUAUGCGCUUUGUAAAAUAG